AUAUCAUUUCACGUUUUUGAUAAGAAUUUGCAAUUUAUUUUUUAGAAAUUUUCGAACAAAAAUUGAAUAAUUUUCACGAAAUAAUAUAGAAUUAUUCGAUAAAAGUUCAACAAGACUUUGUCACCGUAGAAUGAAAUCUUCUGUUCUAAAUAUUUUCAUAAUCAGAUGACUUUUGAGUAACAAUGAAGAAAAAGAAAAAAACCUUCCAAUCUGUGCUAGAUUUUGGUUCAUUUCAAAGACGAGUCGAAGAAUGUAAAUAUUCCAUAUCCGGAUCAGAAUUCUACAACAGGUUGCUAACUCAGCUAAAAGACGGUGUAAAAUAUUUAGAUUUGGAAAACGUCUCCAACAUUUUAUGCUACGGAUUAGGCAACUUCACCAGUAGCGUUACAUCUCGAUACCAACUAGCCUUGUUACUACUAUUACAAGAGUGUUUUCAAGUCGAAAUUUACGCUUACGAUCCAAUCUUUUCGCAAAUCGAGAUCGAUUUCCUCAAACAGUUUAAUUUCACUGUGAUCGAUGAGAACGAAGAAGGCAUUAGAGAGAUUUCGGAACCAACUUUAAUAUUUUUACCUCAUUGCCCAACAGCUUUAGUGAACAAUUUAUUAUGGCGUAAUUGGAGUACUUCGCUGUCCAAUUGUAUCGUGCUCGGAAACAGUUUUAAGACUUUGCUCGAUCGACAUUCCGAACGAUACUUCAAAGAAAAGUAUUAUUAUAUUUAUUCUAUUCUACCUUCAACGCAGGAAACUCAAGUAGAGAAUAUAUUCCGGUUCACGGAUAUUUUUAAUGAUAUUUCGUUGCAUGUUUUUCCGCCGAGUAAGCUGUCCCAGAUACCUACGACUUUUUGGAACGAUAAAGUGAAACCUGUUUAUACGGACUGUGAUAUUGAAUGUAUUGGCAAGAAAUUUUCGGAAACAUUACGAAUAUAAAAAAGAAGGAAAAAAUGUUGUAAAUAAAAACCGUUGGUUGUAUUUUUUUUAAAAAUAAAAUGUGAGGUAGAAAUAAUGAUAUUGUAGUAAUAAAUUAUAAGAAUUGUAACUAUGGUCAAUUAAUUUUUUUGUUUAAAAAUUAACACGAGAAUUUGAAUUUAUUAUGAUGAACACGAGAAAAUGUACUUAAUAAAAAUAAUAAUAAUAAAAUUCACGAUUAAAAAUUUGAAUUAAAAAAAUCUUUCAUUAUUUA